AUGCACGAGACUAUCUCCGGAAACGAGGUCUACGGCCCCGGAACCUAUAUCGACAAGACCGUCCUCCCCGUACCAGAAGAUGCCCGUAGAAUCUUCAAACUGCUGGCGUCACGAACACCCGGUUUCACAAAAGAAACUGCACUAUGGGAUACAGUCAGCUUCGAAGGCCGGCCGGAACCUAUGGUCCCUGGUCCAAUGAAGUCCCCUGCCGUGACAGCGGCUUUGCAUGCCAUGUGCGGUCUGGUUGCGAACGAACUUCUUGAGCUGCGGGAUGGUAAGCCAGCCAAGCAAGCCAGCGUGACUGUAAAUACAGACCAUGCUGGAAUCUGGCUUGCUUCGACGUUUACGGCAUUCGUGAAUGGUAAGGAUAUCUCGACUCUUGCACGGACCCGUGAACUUCCCAAUAUCUUUGACAGGGACUUCGAGAAAGGGUUCGGGGUCGGUCCGUUGGCUGGCCGAGCCACUGCACUGUAUCCCACCAAGGACUCCGGGGUGUGGUAUCAACUCCAUGGGUCGCUGGAUGCAAGCAAAACACUUUGCUCGAUGGGGAUUAACGUGAAUGUGCCCUUGAAAUCGUUCCAGGAGGGUUAUGACUAUAUUCGGGAACAUGUGCAGAAAUGGAGUGCUGAUGAACUUGAAAUGCAUAAUGUGAGACAUGGAUUAUGUGGAAGUAUCUGCUACUCACCCGAGGGUUGGAGGAAAACUGAAAUGGGGAAGCGGCUUGCGGAAUACCCUCUCGUGAAUUACACGCAUGAGUCGUAUGCGCAAUCAACACCGCCGAUUCCCCUAGCUCAGCUCUCUGAUCGUCGCCCUCUGGCUGGGAUUAAGGUCGUGGAGAUGGUGCGGAUUAUCGCUGGUCCCACUGUUGGAGUAAUUCUCGCAUCAUUUGGUGCUGAUGUCAUCCGUGUUAACUGCAGUAGACUGGCGGAUUUGAAUGUCCUCCAAUUAACUCUCAACGCCGAAAAACGCACGAUCGAUCUCGAUAUUGGAAAGGAAGAGGAGAUGACCCGAUUGAAGGAGUUGGUGGGCAAUGCAGACGUGUUUGUCCAGGGCUUCCGGUAUGGGUCACUGGACCGGAAGGGACUCGGUCUGCAAAGUAUGUUGGAUAUGGCAGCCAGAAGAAACAAAGGCAUUGUCUACGUCGAUGAAAACUGCUACGGUCCAUCUGGACCAUUCGCUGAAAGACCCGGUUGGCAGCAGAUCGGGGAUGCCGCAUCCGGUGCUUCGUAUGUGAUGGGUCGGUCGUUGGGAUUAGAUGAAGGAACAAGUGUUCUUCCGCCCUUGCCGAUCUCUGAUAUGACUACUGGCGUCGUCGGUGCUUUGGCGACAAUGCUGGCUAUUCGGGAUAGGGCUCAGAAAGGUGGCUCGUAUCACGUUAUCAGCUCGCUUGUUGCAGGAGACGCGAUCCUGGUGGACCCCGAAGUUGGCCUCUAUCCCGCCGAAGUGGUAGAAAAAACCCUCAAUACGUUCAAAUUCGCGCGCUCGUCUCCGGACCAGUUCGUCUCCGAGAUUAUGAUCCAGGUGAUUGAUGGAUGGAAACGGGUUUUCCCGGAAUACCUUGCACACGACUCUCCAUUUAUGAUGAGCUUUGAAGAUAGCCCCUGGGGGCGGAUGGAUAUUUUGAGGCCCGUGGCCAGACUAGAUGACAAGGACGCAAGUCCUAUUUGGAAGAAUGCCCCUGUUCCGAAUUGCCAUCAUGAUCAAAGCAUCACCUGGCAUGAUCAUGCUCCAGAGAAACUUUCUGGGUUGUCAGAUUAG